AUGUCGGCGCUUCUCACACAUGCUAUGGCAAAUAACCAGUUGUCGGGGAUUUCUCUUUGUCGCAGUAGCCCACGAUUAUCGCAUUUGUUUUUUGCUGAUGAUAGUCUUCUGUUUGCGGCUGCCACUGAAGAUGAAGCGGGGGUGUUGCGAGAUGUCCUUCAAAUAUAUGAGCAAGCAUCGGGGCAGAAAAUUAAUUUCCAAAAAUCUACUGUUUGUUUCAGCAAAAAUACGGACUUGGUUACCCAGCAGGUCACAUCAAUUCUUGGGGUGGGUUCUAUGGCGACGUACGGGAAGUACUUGGGGUUACCGUAUUGUGUGGGCCACUCUAAACGAUCCGUUUUGGGGUUUGUCAAAGAGCGAGUAUGGCAUCGUUUGAAUGGGUGGAAGGAGAAAUUACUAUCCGUUGUGGGUCGCGAGGUCCUUAUUAAGUCUGUUGCUCAAGCACUCCCUACUUACAUUAUGUCCUGUUUUUGA